AUGGCCGCGUCCACCAUGUCCGUCUGCUCCAGCGCUUACUCCGACUCCUGGCAGGUGGACGACUGCCCAGAGAGCUGCUGUGAGCCCCCCUGCUGCGCCCCCAGCUGCUGUGCCCCGGCCCCCUGCCUGACCCUGGUCUGCACCCCAGUGAACUGUGUGUCCAGCCCCUGCUGCCAGGCGGCCUGUGAGCCCAGCCCCUGCCAAUCAGGCUGUACCAGCUCCUGCACGCCCUCGUGCUGCCAUCAGUCUAGCUGCCAGCCAGCUUGCUGCGCCUCCUCCCCCUGCCAGCAGGCCUGCUGCGUGCCUGUCUGCUGCAAGCCUUCCUGCUGUGUGCCUGUUUGCUGCAAGCCUGUGUGCUAUGUGCCCACCUGCUCUGAGGAUUCCUCUUCAUGCUGCCAGCAUUCUAGCUGCCAGCCAGCUUACUGCACCUCCUCCCCCUGCCAGCAGGCCUGCUGCAUGCCCGUCCGUUGCAAGCCUGUCUGCUGCAAGCCCAUCUGCUGUGUGCCUGUCUGCUCUGGGGCUUCCACUUCAUGCUGCCAGCAGUCUAGCUGUCAGCCGGCUUGCUGCACCACCUCCUGCUGCAGACCCUCCUCCUCCGUGUCCCUCCUCUGCCGCCCUGUAUGCAGGCCUGCCUGCUGCAUGCCUGUCUCCUCCUGCUGUGCCCCUGCCUCCUCCUGCCAGGCCAGCUGCUGCCACCCGGCCUCCUGCGUGUCCCUCCUCUGCCGCCCCGCGUGCUCCCGCCCGGCCUGCUGA